AAACAAACCACACCACACCAUGGAAGCAGUCAAAGUCCUCUCCACAACCACAAUAAAGGCAUCAAACCACACUAACCAUAACACACCUCACAAAAUCGAUUUAACUCCGUGGGAUCUCCAAUUCCUCCCGGUUGAAACCAUUCAAAAAGGCCUUCUUUUUCGCAACCAAAGUCCCACACCGAACCAGAUCCAGCACCUCCAACACUCCCUUUCAUCCACUCUCGCUUUCUUCCCACCCCUCGCAGGUCGUCUCGCCAUUCUCCAACAUCCCGACAACACUGUCUCGUCCCACAUCGAGUGCAACAACGAAGGUGUCCAUUUCGUCCACGCCUCAGCACCCAACACCACCGUCGCCCACAUCCUUCAACCCAUCUACGUUCCUCCCAUUGUCCACUCCUUCUUCCAACUCAACGGAGUUAAAAACCACCAAAGCACGUCACAACCAGUGCUGGCCGUGCAAGUCACGGAGUUACUUGACGGCAUCUUCAUCGGCUUCUCAAUCAACCACGUUGUUGCUGACGGCAAGUCGUUUUGGCAUUUCGUCAACUCCUACGCUGAAAUAUCACGUGGUUCUCCUAAAAUAUCCAAACUCCCUUCUUUUAACCGUUACUUUCUAGAUGGCGUUGACCGCCCCAUACGGUUUCCUUUCACAACGGAGGAAAAAAAACAACACUCCCCAAACCUCAAACCACAAACUCCAACCGAGAGGGUCUUCCACUUCACAAAGGAAAAAAUCGCGCAACUCAAGUCAAAAGCCAACGCUGAGGCCCACACCGACAAGAUAUCUUCCCUGCAAGCGCUUUUAACUCACCUUUGGUGCUCUGUGGUUCGUUGCCAACAUGUUGUGCCACAAGAAAAGGUGAUUUAUGUGCUAUUGAUUGGCGCUAGACCCAGAACGGUUCCACCACUCUCAGAGGAGUAUUUUGGGAACGCAGCGAUGGUUGGUUCUGUUACCAUGAAAGCUGGGGAACUAUUAGAGGGUGGGGUUGGUAAGGGUGCUUGGGAGAUGAACAAGGUCAUUUCUUUACACUCUCAUGAUACCAUAAAGAACCACUAUGAGUGUUGGGUGAGAACCCCGAAGCUGUUAAGGUUAGGUAGUUUGACUGGUCAGAAUUCCUUGGUCACUAGCAGUUCUCCGAGGUUCAACAUUUACGGUAAUGACUUUGGGUGGGGAAAGCCUGUGGCAGUAAGAAGUGGCGGUGCAAAUAAAAUGUUCGGAAAGAUUACUGUUUUUGCUGGCGCUGAAGAAGACUCUAUUGACACUGAAGUGUGUCUUCCUCGUGAGAUCUUGGAAGCAAUGGAAAAUUACCCUGACCUCAUGGAUGCCAUUUCCAACUAGCGUGGUCAAAGGCAAAACCUUUGUUUGGUUUUAGUUCAGUUCAGAUCCAUCAUUGUGUUUUGUUUGCGUAAUGGAUAAUUGUUUGUGUUUUCUGAUUUUCACUUUUUAGUUUCAUCUCAGUUGCAUGUAAUGAAGUUUGAUCCCUUGCAGUCAACAUUAGCAGAUAUAAUCGAUCUUCUCUAAUGUAUAACUGCGUGUUUGGAUGAUCCACGUUUCCUAAAAGCAUAUGACUGGGAGUUGCUUAUAAUUUCUGUAACACAUUAUAUUAUAUCAGCUUUUUAUUUUUAUUUUA